AUGUGGCUCCUGGUGCAUGUCUUUGCAGGUAGAGUAGCACGUGCUGGUCGUUCGGGAAUGGCUAUCUCUCUAGUGGACUCUGAGGAACUUCCAUAUUUGAUGGACCUCUUCGUCUUCUUGGGCAGAGAAGUGAUUACCUGCCAUGUUGCCACCUCCGCACAGCAGACCAACUUUUCCGAUUGGCCUAAUGAGCUGCUUGGUUCGUGUCCCCGAGAUCUCAUCGCUUUUGGUCUGGAAAGUGCCAAGAAAAGAGAGAGGGAGAACGCUUCUCUGGUGGGUUGA